AUACUCUAAUGACUGGUAGUUGACAUGUAGUUGCAAAGUUACUUGAAUGCCUAAAUGCCUAAUGCCUAACUGUCGAAAUAAAGUGUUACCUGAUAUUUAAACAUUUGAAAUCUUAUAAAAUUGACUAAGACCCAUCAAACUUUUGCAAAGUUGCAUCAAACUGGCUUUAUCUUCCACUCAUAAAUAUGACAUGUAGAUUAUGACAUGACAUGUAGAGCUCUCAUAACUGAUAUAAUCAUAGUGUAACAUAAUCCCAUGAUUUCACUCCCUCUUCAGUAUCACUAGCUUGAGCGGCAUGCAAGUUUGAAUAUGGGAUUAGUUAACAUCACAGAUUUAAUGGGAAAACAGCUAAUUUACUGCAAGUUUGCUGAAACACUUUUAGGAAGAACUUCAUUAAGGAAGCACUUUGCAUGAAAAUGAACAAAAUUUCACAACAAUAGCAACAACAAAACCUUCCCACUCAAAACAUUUGAUAACAUACAAUGACAGAGUUGAAGUCACGAUGCCUGUCAAGGAAAUAGACAGAAGUCAUAAACCCCUUCAAACAAUAGAGAAUUCAUCUUCUUUGCACAUACGACAGUUUAAACAAUGGAGAUGCAGAUUGUCUCCAGCAGUGAACAUUCCCGAGCUAUGAGCUCAUUGGAGCUGCUGGGAUGGACCAUGAUCACAUCCCACAAUUAAUAGAUGCUGUAAAUGAUAUAAAAGCAAGAGAGAGCACCUACAGAAACAACAGUGAGACAUCACAAGCUCAUCUACAUCAUGUUCUUCACCAUCAUCUGCCUUGCCCUGGUGGCCUCUGCUCUGGGUUGUGGAGUGCCGGCGAUUAAGCCACAGACGAUUGGCAGCAGGAUUGUGAAUGGACAGAAUGCCAUCUCUGGUUCUUGGCCCUGGCAGGUCUCUCUCCAGCAAACCAACGGAUUCCACUUCUGCGGUGGAUCCCUGAUCAACCAGAACUGGGUUCUCACUGCUGCUCACUGCGGUGUCAGGGUUGGCAAUCAUCGUGUCAUUCUUGGAGAACAUGAUCGUGGCUCCAAUGUUGAACCCAUCCAGGUCAAACUAGUGUCCAAGGUCAUCACCCAUCCGCUCUACAGCAGCACAACAUUGAACAAUGACAUUGCGUUGCUGAAGCUUGCGUCUCCAGUUGUCUUCACUCCCCGUAUCUCUCCUGUAUGUCUGGCUCCAUCAACCAUCAACAUCCUGCCUGGAACCCGCUGCUUCACCACUGGAUGGGGCAGAACUGCCACCACAUCGAGUCCUCGGAUCCUGCAGCAGACAGGUCUGCCCAUCAUGAGUCCUGCUGUGUGCAGGCAGAUCUGGGGUCAGAACAGAAUCACUAAUGCCAUGAUCUGUGCUGGAGCCUCUGGAUCCUCAUCUUGCCAGGGUGAUUCUGGUGGUCCUCUGGUGUGUGAGAGAUCAGGGGUCUGGACUCUGGUGGGGUCUGUGUCCUGGGGCGCCAGGACUUGUGACACCAGUUCCCCUGCAGUCUACGCCCGCAUCUCCCAACUGCGCUCCUGGAUCGACAGGACUAUCGCUUCCAACUAGAGUGCCAGUCUGAAUAUUUCUUGAAUAUUUCUAAGUCUGGACUUCUGAUUACUUGUCUUUGACUUCAUACUGUUUCCCCAUUUCAGCUGUACAAAUAAUGAAAAUGUGUCAAUA